AUGUUGCAACAUAGACUUUCUCAAUUUGAUAAAUUUGAAACUUCGCAAUUUCGUUUAAGAGCACCUAAAACUUCAAAAAAGUUAUCUUUUGAUAAUGAUAAAAAUUCUUCAAUACAUUCAUAUAAUGAAUCUCAAAGUUGGCAGUAUGAAAAUGAGCAAUUUGAUGAUUAUGAGUUUAGUAUUAAUGAGAAUAUUAAUAAUUUACAGUUUGACGAUGAUGAAUUUAAUAGUGAUGAUUGGGAUAGUUUGAGCUUAAAUAAUAUUCAAUACGAAAAUGAAAGUUGUAAUACUGAUUCAAGAAGUCAAGAUACAGAUAAUGAAGCUGAAAAUUUGUCAGAAAUAUUUGAUGAACCGAAUUUUGAUUUAAAAUGGAAUCAAGAAUGCCAGUUUGGUACUUUUGAAAAUUUUACAACAAUGGCGAUGUUUGUGUGGACUACAAAGCAUAUGAUAUCGACAGCUGCUUAUCAAUACUUGAUUCAGAUUUUAAUUCAUUCGCAAUUUGAAAAAAGUCAUCUAAUUUUUAAUUUACAAAGUCUUAAAAAAUACCAUGAAAAAUUACCUUUAAUGCAGAUCAAAAGUCAUAAUAUUCCAAUUAAUACUCGGAAUAUACCAUCUACAACUAAAAAUUCUACAAGAGUUUAUUAUUUCUCAUUAAUUGAACAUCUUCAAC